AUGGAACGCACAGUGGUGAAGCUCACCGUGAAGAUCUCGGGUUUGGGGAUGCAUUGGGAUGGCCUUUACAUAGAAGACCACCCCACCGCUGUGAAAUAUACCAACAAGUUUGGGGAAGAAUCUGUCCAAAUGUUCAAGUCCUUCCGAGGAGGCAGCGAAUCCACGGAAAGAUUCUUGCGUCACUGGGGCGCAGGCCUCUACGGUAUUUACAGCCGUGGAGAGCUUGUGGCACGUCAAACGAAUCCACCGGACAGGUGGCUGAAAUUUCUGCAAAACGGAGCAGCAUUUACACGAAAAGCGACCAUGGAAUGGGGCACAACAAUCGUCAAGCGCAAAGAGGCAGCUCCAAAGUCAAAGGGACGCGUUAUGCACUUUGCGAGUGAUACCGACAACAUCCUGCAAGCGUACGAGUUGCACAAAAAAGACAUGCAGGCGCAGCGCGAGCCUUGCCCAGUGUUGGACACCAAACUGUCUUCGGACCUCGCUGUUUUCAAGGAGGUUGUCCUCAACAAGGUGUACCAGGGCUUCAAGGGGCAAAACGGUCUGAGCAAUUUCAUUUCAACAGAGGAGGACAUCCUCCUCGACAUCGGAGGGAAUGUGGGGAUGGCCACCUGGUUCUAUUCGACUUUUGUGGGCAUCCGAGAGGGAGAUGUGUACGAACCCUCCAGAGGCUGUCACAAUACGCUCCAGGACAACUUGGAACUGCUGAGAAAAACAUCAAAAGGGAACUUCAUCCUUCACAAGGAAGCUGUUGGCAAAGAAGACAAGACGGUGGUUUUCCUGGAUCGCACCGACUGCGCCCAAGGCGGAUCGAGCCGGUCCGCGGUGAAGGAAGUGGCACCCGAGUCCCGGGCCAAACAGGCCCUUGAAUACAAGGUCCCCCAAGUUUCCUUUCAGAAUGCCUUGGAGAAGCAUACCGUGGUCAAGAUGGAUUGUGAAGGCUCAGAGAUUCCAAUCUUGCUCACGGAAUGGGAUUGGAAGGAGGUCAGACUCCUGGUUGUGGAAAUCUCGGUACGAAAACUGAGAAUGGACCACCCCAAGGGUGAUGGUUGGAAGGUCUUGGCAAAGAUAUUCGAAAAUCUCAAGCAAGCUGGUUUCCAGUAUGCGCGGGUCGAGAAGCGCUUCUUUACCCCAGGAUACUGGGAUCCCGAAAGUGGGAACAGAAAUUACAUGUCGGAUGGCAUCAUAUGGUUUCUCCGACCCAAGGCUCCAGUUGAGUUUAAGGACAGUGAGAGAGAGCUGUAUUCUCACUGGCUGAAUUACAAAAGAAUCAUGGAGACUGGUGGAGAGGUGGACAAUGGUGCAAAACCCCUGGUUGUGGCUCCACCGGAAAAGAAAAGCCGAAAUGUGGAGGAGCAAACUCUCAUGGAGCAUGUCCGGUCAUUUUCCCCCGCCAAAAAGAAGAAAAAGCAGCGGUAG